GGCGCCCUGCUCCGCCGCCCGCGCCUGCCCGCCAGCCUGUCCGCCCGCGGCGGGGCCGGCCCUUCUCCCUCCCACCAGCCCCGCGCUCGCCGCCCACCGCUCGUCGCCCGCCGCCCGCCGCCCGGCCCGCCGCGCGCGCUCCAUGGCUGCUCAGGAGUGGGACUGGUUCCAGCGCGAGGAGCUCAUCGGGCAGAUCAGCGACAUCCGUGUGCAGAACCUGCAAGUGGAGAGGGAAAACGUGCAGAAGAGGACUUUCACACGAUGGAUAAACCUACACCUCGAAAAGUGCGACCCACCUCUAGAAGUUACGGACCUGUUUGUUGAUAUCCAAGAUGGCAAAAUCCUAAUGGCUUUGUUAGAAGUUCUCUCUGGGCGAAAUCUGCUACAUGAAUACAAAUCCUCAUCACAUCGUAUUUUUCGGUUGAACAACAUAGCAAAAGCACUCAAGUUUCUGGAAGAUAGCAAUGUCAAGCUGGUUAGCAUCGACGCGGCAGAGAUAGCUGACGGCAACCCCUCGCUGGUUCUCGGGCUGAUAUGGAAUAUCAUCCUCUUCUUCCAGAUAAAGGAGCUCACGGGCAACCUCAGCAGGAGUUCUCCAUCUUCCAGCUUGUCACCUGGCUCCGGGGGCACCGACUCAGAUUCUUCCUACCCACCAACCCCCACCACAGAGAGGAGUGUGGCAGUGGCAGUGAAAGACCAGAGGAAGGCCAUCAAGACCCUGCUGUCAUGGGUGCAGAGGAAAACCAGGAAGUAUGGUGUGGCGGUCCAAGACUUUGCUGGCAGUUGGAGGAGUGGGCUAGCUUUCCUGGCUGUCAUCAAAGCUAUUGACCCCAGCCUCGUAGACAUGAAGCAGGCUCUGGAAGAUUCUACCCGGGAAAAUCUAGAGAAGGCCUUCCGCAUUGCACAUGAUUCCCUGCAUAUCCCCAGGCUCCUCGAGCCGGAAGACAUCAUGGUUGACAUGCCGGAUGAGCAGUCCAUUGUGACUUACGUGGCCCAGUUUCUAGAGCGCUUUCCGGAGUUGGAUCCCGAGGAUUUUGUGAAUCCAGACAAAGAAGCCCCUAUCGAGUCCACCUUUGUCCGAAUCAAAGAAAGCCCCUCUGAGCAAGAGAGCCGAGUCCUCCUCCUUAGUCAGAAUGGAGAGCAGCCCUACACUGUCAGCCAUGAGACCAGCCACCCACCGCCUGACAAGGUCUUCGUCUGUGACCAGCUUGAGAGCCCCACGGGCUUCAGUCUGGGUAGUGCUCCCAGCCACAAACUGCCAGACAGCCCCACAGACUUUAUGCACCAGAUUAUUGACCAAGUCUUCCAGGCGAGCAUGGGGAACACUGAAUCCACCACAGAGCCAACUCCAGAGUCAUCCAUCUUGUCAACCAGAAAGGAUGGGAGGAGGUCCAACUCUUUGCCUGUCAAGAAAAGCGUCCACUUCGAGACUGACUUGCACAAGGAUGCCUCGUGCAGCAAGGACCCUUUCUACAGCUCCGAGUUCCGCUUUGAGGGGAGCCCCAAGGCAACCAAGGAGCUGUCAAAGCAGGAUGGCCAUGCCUCAUUGGCUGAGGUUUCCAAGGAAAAGAAACCAGAACAGGAAGCCAGGCUAGUGCUGGAAGCUGCCUCAGACAAGGCCCCUGAAGAUACUAUUGUUGACACAGAUGCUAUGUCCCAAGAUGCUCAGCUUCCCCAGGACUCCUCAUUCUGUAAUGGCACUGUAGAGAAUCCAGCCAGUCUAGGUGAGAAAGGCCCUUCGCCACCAUCCCCUAGAGAUAAUACUAUCCUGGCCAACUCCAUGGAGCUCAAGGUUCCGCUGCUGACCGUUGAGCCUAUGGACAAAGACGACUACUUUGAAUGUAUCCCGCUAAAAGCUUCCAAGUUUAACAGGGACCUAGUAGAUUUCGCCUCCACCAGCCAGACUUUUGUUGAGGAUCCUUCAUCCCACAAGAAGACACCUGGGGAGGAAGAGGGUUCUGAAAAUUACACCGAGAAACCAGGAAAAAGGAAAUCAAAGUCUCCCCAUGCAGAAACAGAGUCCGCCGAGUCCAGAUUGGAGCCCAGCAAGCUCGAGACUCCUCCCAAGGAUCCUGAGCAAGAAGACCAAGACCACACUUUGCCCCCAGAAACAGCCGCAGACAAAAAGCCCGAAGUGUAUGAAAAGGCCAAGAGGAAAUCCACUCGUCAUCACAGCGAGGAAGAAGGAGAAGCAGAAGGCGGGCUGUCUGCAGUCGGCGGAGAAAUGCCAUCCAAUCCUCCAAGUACCAGCGUCAGCCUGGAAACCCUCAGAAGCCACAGCGAAGAAGGUUUGGAUUUCAAACCUUCGCCACCCCUCUCAAAGAUCUCCGUCAUCCCUCAUGACCUGUUCUACUACCCACAUUACGAGGUGCCCCUGGCCGCAGUGCUAGAGGCCUAUGCGGAAGGGGGCGAGGAUUUGAAAAAUGAAGAGGCAGACCUAGAACAUCCAGAUGGGAGCUUUCUGCAGGACUCCAGGGAGGAGGAGGAGGACGAGGAGGAGGAGGAGGCCCACAGCUCCCAGAGCAGCUGCAAUUUCUCCUUGCCUGUUGACAACAGCUACUCCAGGGUCAGUGACCAUGGGUCCCAUGUCGACGGGAGUUCUGAGGGACCCACGUCAGUCUCGGAACCUGGUUCUCCACCCUCCCAUGAGGACCACCAGCCAAUGGAAACCAAAGAGAAUGGCCCUGUGGAAAGCCAGCAGUCCCAAGAACCCCCAACCCCGGAACUGUCCACAAAGCCAUUAGAAGAAAAGUUAACGGAAGUCCCAACUAGCAGUAAAAAGAAGGAAAAAAGGAAACACAUGGACCACGUAGAAAGUUCAUUAUUUAUAGCCCCUGGGACGGUCCGCUCCUCAGAUGACCUUGAAGAAAACCCCUGCGAACACAAGGUCCCUUCCAGGAAUAGUCACAGUGACUCCAGCAUUUACAUUCGGCGACACACUAAUAGGUCUUUGGAAUUGGACCAUUUUAGCUAUGUUCAAUUGAGGAACGCAGCCGAUGUGGAUGACAGGAGAAACAGAGUGUUAAACAGGUACAAUUCUCAGAAGCUCACUGAGCUGAUUUUACAGUUUUACGGCAUCAGAGCAGACAUGAAGCGGGAGUACAAACACACCAGGCUGUCUAUGACUGGCACCAACUCCUCUGGAGAAGCCGUGCCCCUGGGGAGCCAGAGCCCGCCCAGCGACUCUCUGACGCAGUUUGUACAGCAGCCCGACGUGAUAUAUUUCAUUCUCUUCCUCUGGCUCCUGGUUUACUGCUUACUACUCUUCCCCCAGCUUGAUGUCAGCCGGCUCUGAAACACUCGUCUGGAGAAUAAAAAGACAGGACCCUGGCCAGGGCGGAGUCUUUCUACCACAUCUUACUGUCUGUUCAGGGUUGAGCCUCCUGUGCAGAGACGGGAGCCCUCAGAAGGAGCGCAGGCCCCACCCCCUGUUGCUGUCUGGUUCAGUCUUUGCUCACAUUUCCUCUGAUUCUCUCAGACCCGAGAGUGCGCUUUCUUCCCAGACUAUGUGCUCCCAGCUCAGGUUUGAGGCUGGAUCUGUGGACGGGAUUCCUCCCUAUGUGCCUUGUUUGGUCAGAUGCGAGUCCUUAUUAAUGUGCACCCCGAAGCUGGGUCUUAGCAUGUCCACAUGCAAGUUCCUAAGGUCCCGGAGGAGCUUGAGUUAUUUACUUUUAUCUCAGGGGAGGGUCUGCCUGACUCCGAGAAAGGACGGAGUCCAGGGUAGGAAGAAAGGUAGCCCGUUUGCCUCCAAGUGUGAGUGUUCGAGUGAAGAGCCUACUUCCCCAUAUCUGCCCGGGCCUGAUCAUCUGUCGCUGGGGUAGUUAAACAGCACAUUCUGCCUGUUCACCAGAAAGGACACCUGGGCAUUGGCAGGCUCCGAAGAGGGUGCUCUGCCAGGUUCGUUGUGAGCUACAGCCCGUUAUGUCUUUCACCUUGAUGUUCUUGGAGGGUUAGGUUUUUAAUUCACUUUUUUAUUGAUUGAAUUGAAAUACAGCUGUAGUUUCAAUCCUU